GCAGGGACCAAGUCAGACGGCGCAAGAGCCAAAGUAGAGUCAGACGUGGCGACAGAGGAGUCUAAUGCACCCAAUACAUCAAGUGGUGCACAAAGAACUGGGGACUCAGAACAACAACAACAAAAACUGAAAAACUAGAUAUUGCUAUUGAGAAAGAAAAAAAAAAGUGCAGUGCGUGGGACCAUUCAUUUCUGGGACAGAAAAAAAGAAAGAAGCAAGAAGGAACAAUAAGACGUGUUUUCCAGAAGGACCCUUGGAAUUCUGCACUUUUACACACACAUAUAUAUAUAUAUAUACACACACACACACACACACACACACACACACACACACACACACACAGACACACACACACAGAGUACAGCAGCAGUUGAGUGCUAUCUCAAUUCUUUCAUACACCUCUUAAAUAGUGAGAGGAAGAGUGUGUGAGGGAGAGAGAGCCUGUCGUUCCCCUGGAGUCUACGGGACCAUGGCACCUGUCAGAAACGCAGCGGCACUCGGCUGAGGACACACACACACACACAAACACACAAUCACUGACUCACUUGCUCAUUCAUACUUCCUGUGAAAGAUUAGCAGUACAAAGUUCUACAUACACCUUGUGCAAUCUGCAAGGUUCAAAAACCCCAUCACGGAAAUAAUUACCAACUCAACGGACCAGCGUGCUCUUCACCACCCUGAAAUCCACCUUUAAUCCCUUUUGAACACAUCUGAAGAUGAUGACAACUACGGGAGUAAUGUUAUUGACUGUGUUGUUCUGCCUGAUCACCGUCAGAUCAUCGUCCGGUGGAUCAUCGGCAUCUUCUACCUCUUCCUCUUCUUCACCGAGGAUGAAGCUUAGUUACAAAGAGCUCCAGCAGUUUAAUGGAGUGAAGCGGUUUGAGUUUGACCGCUCGUGCUGUUUCGGAUCACUUCUACUCGAUGAAGAAAGGGGACGACUCUUUGUAGGAGCACGAAACUACCUGUUGUCGCUCAGCCUAGACAACAUUGCCAAGCAAGAACAAAAGAUUUACUGGCCAGCACCUGUGGAGUGGAGGGAAGAGUGCAACUGGGCAGGGAAAGACAUCAAUAUGGACUGUGUUAAUUAUGUGAAGGUUUUACAUCACUUUAACCGAACUCACCUGUAUGCCUGUGGGACAGGAGCCUUCCACCCGACCUGUGCUUACGUGGAAGUUGGACAGAAGGUGGAGGAUCAUGUGUUUCGAUUUGAUCAGUCUCUCGUUGAAGAUGGUAAAGGGAAAAGCCCAUAUGACCCACGACACACUGCAGCCUCUGUCCUGGUUGGGGAUGAGCUGUAUGCAGGUGUGGCCACUGACCUGAUGGGAAGGGAUUUCACAAUUUUCCGGAGCCUGGGACAGAAGCCGUCCAUACGGACUGAACAACACGACUCUCGCUGGCUCAACGAGCCCAAGUUUAUAGGUGCAUUCGCUGUUCCGGAGAGUGAGAACCCAGAUGACGAUAAAGUCUUCUUCUUCUUCCGAGAAACUGCAGUGGAAGCUCAAGGAUUCGGCAAGGUCACCUAUGCUCGGAUUGGCCAGCUGUGCAGGAAUGACAUGGGAGGGCAGCGUAGUUUAGUAAAUAAGUGGACAACCUUCCUGAAGACUCGACUUGUCUGCUCUGUACCUGGCAAUGACGGGGGUGAAACACACUUUGACGAGCUUAGGGAUGUGUUCUUGCUGCAGACACGAGACAGGAAGAAUCCAUUGGUCUACACAGUUUUCUCCACUUCCAGUAGUGUAUUCCGUGGAUCAGCCAUCUGCUUGUACACUAUAAACGACAUCCGCAGGGCGUUUUUGGGGCCGUUUGCACAUAAAGAGGGACCCAAUUACCAAUGGGUGCCUUUCCAAGGCAAAGUCCCUUACCCCCGACCAGGCAUGUGUCCCAGUAAGACAUUUGGAAGUUUUGAGUCCACUAAAGGCUUCCCAGAUAACGUGAUCCAGUUUGCACGUCAUCAUCCAUUGAUGUAUAACCCAGUGACGCCACUCGGUGGCCGUCCACUCUUCUUGCGCACGGGAAUGCCAUACAGCUUCACACAAAUCGCUGUAGAUCGAGUUAAUGCUGCGGACGGCCACUACGAUGUCAUGUUCAUCGGAACAGAUGUCGGCACUGUUCUGAAGGUGAUCUCUGUGCCUAAAGGAAGCUGGAGCAACACUGAACUACUGCUGGAGGAGCUGCAAGUUUUCAAGGACUCUUCAUCCAUUAUCAAUAUGCAGAUUUCCUCCAAACGACAACAGCUGUACGUAGGCUCUGGUACAGGUGUGGUGCAGGUGCCACUGCAUCGCUGCAGCAUGUAUGGCAAAGCAUGUGCUGAGUGCUGCCUGGCCCGAGACCCAUACUGUGCCUGGGAUGGACACACCUGCACACGCUACCUUCCUAACACCAAAAGACGUUUUCGUCGACAGGAUGUGAGGAAUGGGGAUCCUAAUACGCUCUGUUCAGGAGACCACCAGAAGCAGCGUAUUCUGGAGAAAAAGCUCUAUGCAGUGGAGGGCAGUAGCUCUUUCCUGGAGUGCAUGCCCAAAUCGCUACAGGCUCAGGUCACAUGGACUUCCCAGAGACAUCCCAACAAUGCUCGAGAAGAGGUCCGUCUUGAUGAUCGUGUGCUUCAGACAAAUCGCGGCUUGUUGCUGCGGCGAGUGUUGCGUAGGGAUGCAGGUGUUUACCAGUGUCACGCGAUGGAGCAUGGAUUCACUCAAACGCUGCUCAGCAUCACCCUGGAGGUUGUCCCCACUGCAGGCCCUGCCCAUAGCCAAGGACAAAGCCCUGGCCAGAGCCAAACACAGUCCACCAAUCAAAAGAUGUGGUAUAGAGACUUCAUGCAGUUGGUUGAUCACCCCAACCUGAGAACCGUUGACCAGAUCUGUGAGCAGGUUUGGUCACGCAAGCACAGCCAAUCAGACAAAGUCAUGGCAGACGCAGCCAAUGAGUCUCCAUCGACCGAUCCUCUACACUCCACCCACAAAAAAUGGAAGCAUCUGAAGGAGGUGAGGAAGGGGAGGAACCGCAGAACACAUGACGGAAAGCCUGCACCUCGAGCGCCUCGGAGUGCGGGAGACUAACAAGGGUUGGGGGGAGAGAGUGACAGAGACAGAGAAAGAAAGAGAGAUCACUGGAGUUGGACAAAACCACACACCAUCGCAUUUAGUGACUAUUUAUCAAACAGCUAUAAUACAAUAGAAUAGAAAUUUACAAUUUCUUUACAUUCUGUACAAUUUACCACACGCCAUUGCCUUACUGCACUACUGCUCCAUCAUACCCCCCACUCAGGGGGCAUUUUAUCAUCCCUACAAUUCCAACUACAAUUCUUACUGCUCCUAUACACCUCCCCAAAUCAGUCUAAUGCCCUGUUAUAUUACUUUCUGCCCCUAUACAGUACUGCUUUCAAAAGUAUCCUCACAAUUACAAGCUACAAACACCAGAUAUUUUACAUCCUUUUGUCAAUUUACUAUUUAUAGUUUAAGAAGGCACGCAAUAUGAACACAUUUUAUUUUGAAUAUAUAUAAAGAAUGCAAAGGGUGUGCUCCAUAAAUACUUCCACUGCUCUCCCUGCACACUCUAUACACUUCUUCAUACCCUCAAGACUAUCUGUACACACUCGUCUUAUCCUCAACACUCCAUUUAUACCUGUACUUACUCUGCUGCCUACAAACAGCCCCCUCAUAUCCUCACUGCAAUCCCAGUUCACUCAACAAUGACGUCAACUCCAUGAAUGUAUACACUUGGUGAACGCAACAAUUUACCUGAGCACAAACUCCAAACAAACACACUGACACAAACACAUGCACACACUCAUAAAAUGAUGCAAUAAUUAUUCGCUUGGGCUUCCUUCCGAACACAGAGGCCCAUCUGAAAAGUACAGACAAGGAUGAUGUCAUUCCAAACGAAACUUUCAUCGUGGCAAUGAUUGAGACUCCAAGUGGAGGAAUAAUCAAAACCACAGAGCAAGCAUUACACACGCUCAAUAACUACACAAACUGUACCGCAGUGCAAUUGCAUGCGUUCCUAGAACAUGCUCUGCUUCCAAAAAAAAAAAAAAGCAAACCAUGUAUAUUUAACAUGUUUGUGUGUUUGUGCUUUGUGCUGUUUGUGUUCAGUAGAAUAGAUUUUUCUCUAUGUCCUCUAAUACUCUCUGUACAACCAAAACCACUAUUCAGCUGAGCACCACUAAGCUGUCUGUUACCACAGAAACCUUUAAAGCUGCUCUCUGGUGUUUUAUCCUCGGCAGAAAACGUGGAAAAAGGAACUCAAAACUGUGAACAUGCACCCAAAAUGUCAUCAAGAGCUCAUUUUUUGAACGAGAUCUUUUGAGAAGUGAGGGCUGGCUGCUCGCUGGUGCCACCUGUUGUACAGAAACACUCUGAGCUGCUUCAACGGAGGUUUUUGCUUCCACUUUAUCCAAAGCACAUUUUGUGUGAGAUCAAAUAGUGGUAAGAUAGAGGGUCCCCUAUGUGCACUAUGCCUGUAUGAUGUGUGUUUGUUUGCUUUACGAUGACAUUAUCAGGCACACUAUCAAGCACAGCAUCAAAGCAGGGGUGCAUAAUGGGAAACUCAGACGAAAGAAGGUGUAGGAAAAGAAAAUACUUUAUGAUUGGAGGAGGGUGUUUUGCUUUCAGCUAAUCUGUCGACUAUUCACAAGACAUAAUGAUGUGUGUGUGUGUGUGUGUGUGUGUGUGUGUGUGUGUGUGUGUGUGUGUGCGUGUGUAUUUUAUAGCUCCCACAGUCACAUUAACUCUAUAUUGGUCAUAGCAUGUUAUUUUACAGUUCAUUUAUUAUAAAGCUGCUUAUUAUCUUGAUAUCAGAGUUACCUAUCAGCCCUUUCUGCUGAUAUAGUGGUCUUUUAUGUUAGACAAUAAAUAACAGAUGGUACUUCGUUCCUCCCCCAGACUUAAGUCAGCCAGUUACAGUGUGUUAUUAAUAAAAAUGCCGACGUGUUCCAAUUCUCAUAACUACUGCAGACAAGCAGCAUCACAGAAAGGAGAAUUGUGAGCUUGAUGACCUAUGGCCCAGAGGUGGAGGGGCUUGGAGUUGUAUUUUCAUUAAAGUGUUACAAAGAAUGCUUUGUCAUGGGAUGUCCCUGACAACAACAUUUCUAUUUAAAAAAUGUAAAGCAGUUUUAUGUUUCAAUAUUUUUUUCUUUAGCUACUUAUGCCAUUUUUUUCACCAUCAUCAUUUCCCAGGAUGGAUCCUGGUCCAGGCUUUGUAUGAGUCUGAAUAAAAAUAAUUAUUUGUCACACUAGAAAGGUGAACAAGUGGUUUUGGUUUUCACCACCAGAUGGCAGCUUGGUGCCAUAGAAGAAACGAGUUGAGCUAAAGAAAUUUGUGUAAAGUGAGGCGCUCUCUUCAUAUUCGUCCUUUUUCCUAAAGUAAAUGUCGCACAAUUUUCUAGUCAAUAACCAGGUGCAAUACGAUGGAACACAAAUCAAGCAUACUCAUACAGUACAGUCUAGGUUUUUCUACAGUGUUGGGUUUAAGGGGGCACUGUUUGAACCAUAUGGUGGUGAAAAUUUUAAUAAAAAUCAAAACAGUCUCUCAAAUAAGGGCAUUUUCAGAAAUCAGGGUAUAAAUUGUACUUUUUCUUGUUGCUAGGAUGGUUUCAGCAAUGACGGAGAUAUAUUGUAAAUUUGCUAUCUAUUUUUUCUUUUGAAGGUGCAUGAGUGGUGAAUGGUGUACAUUUAAAUAUUUAAUAGCAAAGCUUUAAAAGUAAUGGUCUAAUUAUAAAGCAGAACACAUGCAACAAAGAAAAGUACAAUUAUUUUCUAAUUUGAAUUUCUUGCAAAUGUUCUCCACCCCGCAUCUAAACUGGAUUUUCUCUCGGCAAUCAGUUCCACCAGCCAUUAUCAGUUUCUUUAACAUAUACGGAAAACUUGUAUAUGAGUGAAUAGUUUUGUUCUAUUUAUAAUGUUUGCUGAUGUAAAGAACAGUUAUGCUUGCUUCUGUUCAUUUGCAUGACUUUAAAAAGAAAAAGAUGUGUAGUUAAGUGUUUUGCCAAUACAGGAAGUGCAUUGGCACAUGUAAUGUCCUUAUGACAUAUUUAAAACAUAAUAAGCUAAUAUGUAGUGGUGAAUUGUGCUGAGACUGACAUUUGUAAUAUAUCCAUUCUUCCGAAAACUGGAGAAAAAAAAAGUGUGUAUAUUUUGAGGUACAUGUUCUUUUCCUUUUUGUAAACCAUAAACCAUAUUUAAGGACUUGAUCUGAAACUCUCCCAUGUGUGAAAUGACAUGUCUUCUCUUUUAACAAGUUUUUUUUUUUCUAAAAAAAAAAAAAAAAGAAAAGAAAGAAAAUUAACCAAAUGACCCAGACCAGCUCACUGAAUUUCCAUGCCUUGAACUCUUCUCAAAUUCUGAGAGACAGAGUGUCUUUGUGUGUCUGUGUCUCUGUGUGUGGAUGUGUGUCUGAGGAUUGUGUGUGUACUGUUUAUGUGCUUCUACGUGCAUGUGUGUGACAUUAAAAUGCGUAUGUGUGUGUGUUUGUGUGUCUACUGUUAGAUGUGUAACUGUAAACUAUUGAUGAAAAGUGGGACUUCAUUUUCUAAGAGGUCAAAGGUUGAAGGCCAAAGUUGAUGUGGAACACUGUAGUGACGUUUCCUAUUUCUAUGUGGUUUGUUGCAUCAGACUGUAUUUGAUUAACACAAAGAAAUAAACAGUUGCUCCGAAAUACAUCAGC